UAAACGCCAAUCACGUGACUUGCACCGGAGAGGCUGUGGCUAACCUCGCGAGCAGUCGGACAGCUCUACGCGGUACUGCACUCGGAAUGUCUGCGCCCGGCGAGGCUGCGCCCGCAGCUGUGCGCUCUCCGUGCGCGCUGGGCAGAGGCCUGGCCACGCGCCUGUUGAGCCCUCCACCGCCCGGCAGGCUCACAUCCCUGCGCUCCAGAGACCUGACUCUGGGGGGGUACAAGAAGAAAACCUUUAUACCAAACGUCCACUCCAUUCGUAAAAGCAAAGAUGAGUUAAAGGAGGAGUCACGCACAGCACCGAAGAAGGAGAGAAGAGAGCGAGAAGAUCGACCGCGGGAGCGGAGGCGAAGGGAACGGCCCCAGACCAUCCAGUCCCACUCCAUUUUUGAACAGGGACCUGCAGACAGCUUCAGGAAAAUAGGAAGCUGGGGGAGCACAAGUCUGAGCGUCUGUGAUCCUGCACUUAUUACCAAGAGUAUUAAAAAGGAGAGGAAUGUUCCUGAGGAUGAUGACAGUGAAAUUCUACAGAAGCUUCAGAGAGAUGAUUUCUUAGAUGAUCCAGGACUUAAAAAUGAUCCUAAACAGAGACCUAUAAGGCUGCCACUGUAUCAGUCCUGCAAGUUUUUAACAACAGAGACUGCUACCUCUACACCAAGAACGCAUCAUGGGAUGCCACUGCAAGCAAGUGGAACUUGCCCAAGCAAUCAGCCUCCCACUGUUGGAGAGCUCUUCCAGCAGUUGUGUGUUUCAGACAGAGAAGAACUGUUUUUCAUCCAGCUCCCCGAUACCAUACCUGGCCCUCUAAAAACAGCAAGCUGUGACAAAUCAGCUAAAAAAGAGGGCAAAGCUGAUGACAAGCGUAUCAAAGCACAAGACCAAUCAGAAAAGGAGGCAGCGUCUGUGCUCUCAGACUUCCCUGAGGGACCUGUAGGAAAACUGCAAAUCAGGAAAUCGGGCAAAGUGCAGUUGCUUGUGGGGAAUGUCACCCUGGACGUGUCUGAAGGAGCAGCAUUUUCCUUUCUGCAGCAACUAGUGUGUGUACGGCUAACGGAGGGUCUCACCGGAGACAUGACCGUGCUCGGAAAUGUCAAAUAUAAGCUAGUGUGCUCCCCAGACUUUGAAGCUCUGCUCCAAGGGGUCAAAGGUUCCUCAAACACCCAUUCAGCAGCCCAGUUGUAGCUUCAUCUGUUUCUGCUCUUCAAACCGUCAAUAAGCGAGUAUUUGUUAUUACUGUUACUGUAUUGUUGUAAUGUUCUGUACAGAUUAUUUUUGCCUGAUGCUUUUAUAUAAAAUGUAAAUAUUUAUUGUGUAAGUAAAGAUAUACAAAACAAAGCUUUA